AUGGGCUCUUCUCCGAUCACAAUGAGGUCCAUUCUCACAGUCUUUCUACUAGUGAUUCAACUAGCCUCAGCCCUCAAAUUUGAGCUGCACGCUUCAUCCAGCAAGAACGAGCGAUGCAUCCGCAACUUUGUCGCGAAGGACCAGUUGGUAGUUGUGACAGCCAUUGUCAGUGGGCAGAAAGGUGAUGGGCAGAAAGUCAACAUGCAUAUUAAGGAUUCUAUGGGUAAUGACCACGGUCGUCCCAAGGAUAUCGUUGGUGAAGUGCGCCAGGCCUUUACCUCGACUGCUGAUACUGCUUUCGACGUGUGCGUAGAGAACCAACUUUCCGGACGCAGCGGCAACUCCAAUCCAUCCCGUGAAGUCGAGCUCGACAUCGAAAUUGGCGCCGAUGCCCGCGACUGGUCCAGCGUUCAGGCACAGGAGAAGCUCAAGCCCGUCGAGACCGAUCUCCGCCGUAUCGAAGAGAUGGUCCAGGAUAUCGUUACAGAGAUGGAGUACCUGCGUGCUCGUGAGCAGCGUCUGCGCGAUACAAACGAGAGCACCAACGAGCGCGUAAAGUGGUUCGCUUUCGGCACUAUGGGCAUGCUUGUUGGUCUUGGAGCUUGGCAGGUUGUUUACCUGCGUGCUUACUUCCGAUCUAAGCAUCUGAUCUAA